AUUAAGUGACAAUAUUUUGUUAUGUAUCAACUAAUUAAAAAAAUGGAAGCACAAAGAGGGAAGAUUCAUCUCAAUGCAAGGCCAUUGGAUGAUGCUCCUUUGAUACUCAAUAAACUCAAAGUUAUUAAGUUAUUCUGUGGCCAUUUAACCCAGUAAUUGACAGCAAUAACAAUAAAUGACUUUAAAUCUGUGGGUUGCAAAUUAUUCUGCAAAUUACACAAAAUGAAGACUGUGAAUAAAAACGGCACUUAGUGAGCUAAAACUUCUCUUUUCUGUCCCAUCAUUCUGCUGUGAUUAUGCUGAAGCUGCUCAAAGCUGAUCUCCAUUGAGAACAGGUUUAAAGUUUUUGAAUACCUUCUGCUGAGAUAAGGCCUCCGCUCACCACUAUGCGGCAGCCCGAUGGCUUUUGUCUCACCAAACAAUAACGUUAGGUGACCACUGAUGGGCACACACCAUUGUUCGCAGUGGCCAAUGAGAAGGGAACGUGUGUGUGUGCUGCGUGAGCUUCUGUGCAUGUGUGUGUAGGUGGUGAACGCAUCUGGCAUGACGAAGAGAAGCUGAGAAGACGUCACAGAAAGACACAGAGCCAAUCAGACCUCAGCUGUUUGGAUUUAUGCCAGGCUGUUUCAGGUUCCUAAGUCUUAAAUACAAGUGGAAGAAGUCAUUUUCUAAGAAGGAAGUUAAAGUCAGGAGAAAGAAAAUGCCGUACACACCGUCGGGCUUUUUCUGCGACCGGCUGAUCCGGGAGAGAGAGAGGAGAGACGGAGAAGGGUCUCUGAACAAACCCCUGCGAUUCAACGGCCAGGAUUUCAACACGCUGAGACAGGAGUGUCUCCAGAAGAAGAGUCUGUUCGAGGACGACUCUUCCCCAGCCACUGUUGAGUCUCUGGGCUUCAAGGAGCUGGGGCACAAGUCCAACAAGGUCAAGAACAUCGUCUGGAAGAGGCCUAAGGAAAUUUGUGACAACCCUCAGUUUAUCGUUGGAGGAGCCAGUAGGACAGACAUCUGUCAGGGAGAUCUGGGUAAAUCUGCCUUCUCUUCAUAUAUGCUAUACCAGAAGCUGCUUUACCGUGUUGUUCCUGUGGAGCAAAGCUUCUCAGAGACAUACGCCGGGAUCUUCCACUUUCAGUUCUGGCGUUAUGGAGACUGGGUGGACGUCGUCAUUGAUGACCGCAUCCCCACUUUCAACAACCAGCUGGUCUUCACCAAGUCUGCUGAGAGAAAUGAGUUCUGGAGCGCCCUGCUGGAGAAGGCCUACGCCAAGCUGCACGGCUCCUACGAGUCUCUGAAGGGUGGAAACACCACCGAGGCCAUGGAAGACUUCACUGGUGGAGUCACUGAGUUCUAUGAGAUGAAGGAAGCUCCCAAAGAGCUCUACAAGAUCAUGAAGAAGGCUGUGCAGAGAGGCUCACUCAUGGGCUGCUCCAUUGAUUCUCUGGUUCCUGCACGUUUUGAGACGCGUACAGUGACUGGACUGGUGAAGGGUCACGCCUACUCUGUGACGGCUGUUGAAGAGUGUAAACCAUCCCAGCAGAAAGAAUCCAAAGUCCGUCUGGUGCGGGUCAGGAACCCGUGGGGUCAAGUGGAAUGGAACGGUCCCUGGAGUGACAACUCUAAAGAGUGGGACAGUCUGUCCAAGGCUGAAAAGGAGAAGCUGCAGCAUCAGAGCGCUGAGGACGGAGAGUUCUGGAUGUCAUUUGAGGAUUUUAAGAAGAAUUACACAAAGAUAGAAAUCUGCAACCUAACUCCUGAUGCCCUGGAGGACGACAAGCUCCACAAGUGGACAGUUUCUGUCAACGAGGGACGCUGGGUGAGAGGAUGUUCAGCUGGAGGCUGCAGGAACUAUCCAGACACUUUCUGGACCAACCCUCAGUACCGUCUCCGUCUGCUGGAGGAGGAUGACGAGCCAGAGGACAACGAGGUGGGCUGCACCUUUGUGGUGGCUCUGAUGCAAAAGAACAGGAGGAAGGACCGCAAACUGGGAGCGAAUCUCUUCACCAUCGGAUUUGCCAUCUACGAGGUGCCAAAGGAGAUGCAUGGAAACAAGCAGCACCUGCCCAAGGACUUCUUCAUCUCCAACUCGUCUAAAGCUCGCUCCAAGUCCUACAUCAACCUGAGGGAAGUGACCCAGCGUUUCCGUCUGAGUCCAGGAGAGUAUGUGAUCGUUCCCUCUACCUACGAGCCACAUCAGGAGGGGGAGUUCAUCCUGAGAGUCUUCUCUGAAAAGAAGAACACCUCAGAGGAGAUAGAGAACAGGAUUGAAGCUGAUCACCCUGUGCCUGCUCCGGCAUCAGCGGGGGAAGAGAGCGAGGAGGAUCAACAGUUCAGGACCAUUUUUCAGGAAAUAGCUGGAGAUGACAUGGAAAUCACAGCCAACGAGCUCAAAGAUGUCCUCAACAAUGUGGUGACCAAACAUAAAGAUCUGAACACCGAGGGCUUCAGUCUGGAGAGCUGCAGGAGUAUGAUCGCUCUCAUGGAUAUGGACGGGACAGGACGACUCAAUCUGCAGGAGUUCAGACAGCUGUGGAAUAAAAUCAAACAAUGGCAGGGAAUCUUUAUGCACUACAGUUCUGAACAGUCUGGAAGCAUCAGCAGCUACGAGAUGAGGAAUGCUGUUAACGACGCAGGCUUCCGUCUCAACAACCAGCUGUAUGACGUCAUCACCAUGCGCUACGCUCACGAGAACAUGAACAUCGACUUCGACAGCUUCAUCAGCUGCUUGGUCAGACUGGAGGCCAUGUUUAGAGCAUUUCAGGCAUUUGACCAGGAUGGUGAUGGUACCAUCAGACUCAGUGUGCUGGAGUGGCUCCAGUUGACGAUGUACGUCUAGAAGACCCUUCCUGUUCCAGCUGAGCUCCAUGUCACUCCACACUGACCUGGACCUGGACCAGGGCCAGACCUGCACCAGGACUAGACCUGGCAGCCUUUACCUCAGCAUUUACCUUCAACCUCCUGGU